AUGAAGUACUCUCUCAUCGCCCUGAGCAAUGCUCUCCUCUUCAGCACCGCCUUCGCCGGCAUCGCACAGCGCGUUGAACGACGCUCCGACCGUGUUCGCUCCACGCACCCCAAGAUUCCCGCCACAGGAACCACAGACGGUUUGGACAACGAAACCAAUGUAGAAUACAGUUCCAACUGGGCUGGCGCCGUCCUGACCGCCCCUCCCGCCGGCACAACCUUCAACGCCGUCUCGGCGAAAUUCGUCGUUCCUACCCCUUCAGGAAGCGGCUCAGCUUCCGCAUGGGUCGGCAUCGAUGGCGACACGUACACAAACUCUAUCCUGCAAACCGGUCUCGACUUCACCGUUACCGACGGCGAGGUCAGUUAUGAUGCAUGGUAUGAGUGGUACCCCGACUACGCGUACGAUUUCACGGGCAUCACCUUCAGCGCUGGAGACUCGGUCUCCGUUUCGGUAAAAUCGUCUUCGUCCACUGCCGGUACGGCGGUCAUUGAGAACUUGACGACGGGGAAAACUGUCAGCAAGGCUCUUACUAGCACUGCGGCACUGGGAGGCCAGAAUGCAGAGUGGAUUGUAGAGGACUUUGAGGAGAAUGGCUCGCUGGUUACUUUUGCGGAUUUCGGGACGGUCACUUUUACUGAUGCGACGGCUGGGUAUACCGGGGGGAGCGAGGGGAGUAGUGGGGCGAGCGUGUUGGAUAUUAAGCAGAGCUCUAAGGUUUUGACUAGUGUUACCUUGGAGGGGUCCGACGAGGUUGUUGUCAAGUAUGUCUAA